AUGACACUUGACACUCGUACUGACCAGGAUAUUUACCUCACAGCUAAUACUGUGAAUCGUGUGAACCCGGAGUGGGAAUUCAUAUCAUCUAAAGAUUUGAUUAUCCAGGACAACGAUAUGAUCAAAGUGAUUCCGAAACGAAAGCAAUCGCUUUUGUAUUACUUCAUCACAACACCGAUAAUACUGCCGAUCAUUAUAUCCAUAGUCGCCAUCACUUUCCCCCCAAACUCUGUAAAGAGAUACCGAUUAAUAGGACUGUCGUUAACCAUACUCUUUGUUAUACUGCUAUUCAUUGCCAACAAAAUUGCAUUCAAAGUCAAUACAGACGUCCCACGGAUUGGUAAUUCGCAAAAUAUCAAUAAAUAUGGUGUUUAUCUCAAUGAUGACAAUGUGUUCAGUAGUGAUGAACAGAUUUCUUGCGAUGACAUCACCAUUACAUCCAAUGGUAUCAGUGGUGCUCAACAACCCAUUCAUUGGUGUCAUAGGAGUCGGCGAUUAUUUGCGGGAAUUAAGUGUCAGAGAAGGCAUAGAAAGUGGUGUUCAGAUCGCAUACAAUUUAUACACAUCUAUAUGAAAUAUAAACUCCGCAAUGUCGCUUAA